GUCAUCGUAUUUACGUAAUAUUAUUGUAUACCGUUUACAAUAUUAUUUUUUUAGAUCUAACUUUUCAAUACAGUAUAUACAUUUUGCCCUAUAUUUUUGCAAUUUAAUUCUAUAUUGCUUAUUUAAUGAAAAAUAACUUUUUUGAUAAAUCGCUUUUCGUUCUUCGCAUUUAAUCUAGAAUAAACUAGAAGAGAGAAGCAUAUAGUAAUAAGUUAUUAUUUAUAUUGCUACUGCUUCACUAUUUCUUAUUAUUGCAGGAGUUAUUUCAGGGUCAUGUGAGAUUAAAAAAUAUGCCUGUGAUUACGCUAAAGCUUCACUGAUAAUGGUUAUGUACUCUUAUUUGCAACUCAUAAUGAUUCUAGCUGAAGUAGAGCAUUCAGUUGGAUUCUCUUAGUGAAAGGUACAAAAUUUAGGUGCUGGUUCCAAGGAAUAUAGACAUGGAUUACUAUGUGGGUGUUGAUGUAGGAACAGGAAGUGCUCGAGCUGCUCUAGUGUCUUCCACAGGAAAGAUACUGAAAAUGACGACAUGCCCACUUGAAAUUUUCCACCCCGCUCCUAAUUUUUAUGAACAAUCAUCUGAUAAUAUUUGGAGUGCAGUUUGCCAUGUAGUAAAGUCAGUUGUAGCUGAUAUCUCUGCAGAAUAUGUACGGGGUAUUGGCUUUGCUGCUACUUGUUCAUUGGUAGCAAUUGACAAAACAGGAUCACCAGUCACAGUUAGUCCAACAGGUGAAGAUAAACAGAAUGUUAUAUUAUGGAUGGACCAUAGAGCACAGAAAGAAGCUGAUUUUAUAAAUGAACAGAAUCACGAGAUGCUUCAGUAUGUAGGUGGGAAAGUAUCGUUAGAGAUGCAAACACCCAAAAUGUUGUGGCUCAAAAAUAAUCUACCUUCAUCUUGGAACCGCGCAGCACUGCUAUUUGAUCUGCCUGAUUUCUUAACCUGGAAAGCUACAGAUUCUGAAUCAAGAUCUCUAUGCUCUUUGUGGAACUAUAGCGCAAAAAUUAUUCAAUUAGUUUUCGUUAUUAGAGCAGCAAUCAGUACACGUUAACAACAAAAUUAUGUACCAUAUCGUCGUUCACUGCUAUGGGUAUUUGGGGUCUUACAAAAAAGAAGGGUGAUAAUGAAACAAUCAUAACUACAAAAGAAGUUCUAAUAGCAAAAGCCGAUGCAUUAUACGAGCAAGAACAAUACCAGGAAAUACAUGACCUUCUAAUAAAUUAUAAAGAUAGCGGUGAUAUUGAAAUUAUAUGGCGUUUGUGUAGAGCAAUGUAUAAAUUGUCUAAAAUUGUGAGCGAAGUAGAUGGAAAGAAAUUAAUUUUCGAAGCUUAUGAUUUAAUACUCAAGGCACUUGAAAUAAAAGAGGAUAAUUGGGCUGCACACAAAUGGGCAUCGAUUCUUCUUAAUUCUAAGACUCUUUAUGAAGGAGUAAAAGCACAAAUAAAAGAGUCAUAUAAUAUUAAGAAACAUAUGCUGAGAGCAAUGGAACUAAAUCCAAAAGAACCGACACUUAUGUACAUGCUUGGUACUUGGUGCUAUCAAGUUGCCGAUUUAACAUGGUAUCAAAGAAAAAUUGCAUCUGUAAUAUUCGGAGAACCACCAUCUUCAUCAUUCGAAGAAGCUCUAAAAUACUUUGAAACCGCAGAGGAAAUUGAUCCCAAUUUCUACAGUCAAAAUUUAUUAAUGUUGGGCAAAACCUACUUAAAAUUAAAUCUAAAAGAGCUAGCUAUGAAAUAUUUAAAAAUGGCCCUUGAAUAUCCUGCAAAGAACGAAGAUGAUCGAGAUGCUAAACAGGAAGCACAAAAGUUGUUAAAGAAAUUUUAACAAACUCGACAGAAAUUAUAAUCUAUUAUAUGAUAAAUUGGAAUUGAAGGGAUAAAGUAAAUUUAGAGUCAAUCUUUUCAGUAGAAGUAUAAAAUUUAUUUACUAUAAAGUGCAAUAGUACAUAUGUGCGAUGAGCUUUUUAUACAUAACAUCUAAGAUAUUAAUCACUAUUUGAAGAUUUCAAACUACUAUAAACAUGUAUAUUUUAUAAAAUGUUUCAUAUUAAAUAUUUUAUACAAUCUUUAAUAAUAUGUAAGAAAGUAAGUUAAAUAAUUAAUUUCUAAGUCGAAUUAAUUUAUCGGUCAGGAGAGUCUUCAACUUCAUUCAUCUCGUUGCGAAUGGCGUCAAGUGCUUUUUGUUGCAAAUUGGAGAGCAUCCGGAGAUAUUGACGUGCUUCAGGACCGCCCAUGUUCAUUCCUUGUGUUCCCAUCAAAUGGCAUAAAAGGAGAAGAUGCAGGGCAAAUUGUGUACGGAAUUCACCACACGGGCAACUAUAGUUUACUACAACGUAAUCCGGUGGUAGUUGGUCUUCCGGAGGUGAUGGUACGACAUGCAAAUGGUUAUAUCCAAGUCGGCACUGCUCCAUCGUUUUGUUAUAAGGCACAAUCUGGAAAAAUAAAAUUCACAAAUUGUUUAAGAAAUCGGUGGAAGAAACGAUUUGAAGGAAAUAAAAUACUUACUGCUCCAAGUGUGACGAAGAUGUAUAAGGAUGUUUCCAAAUGGGAAGGAUUCUCGAACGUGAAGAACUUUCGAACUCGAAGUACUUCCAGAAAUGUAGAAUUUUAAAAAUUGCAAAAUUAAAGCUCUCUCAGAACUUUCAAACGUUCUGUUCGAUGUUCGAAUUGGGAAUGAAUUUCCGAGCUAGUUGCCGAGCUUAUACAGUCGACAGAGUCUGUUACCACCACCAUACUUGUUUGUAGAUUAAGAAUUUUAUGAGACCCCCUAGUUAGCAGGCAGGUAAAACCUAAACAGCUGUUAAUUUGUUUAAGGGAUAGACGGAUUGGUGCGCGCGUAUUCAGGUAGUCGAAAUUUCUUUCUUAAUCCUCAAUUACCAAAGUCCGAGAAUGCUUCCGAGGAUAAACGAUCACGAUAGAGUUGGAGCAAAAUGCGAUUGUAAUUUAUUAUUAGUCGUCGAGUAGGAAGCGAAUACAUUGCUUUUUUUUUAAAUUUACGCUCUUUAAUAAAUAAUAAUUUAUGUGUCACCUCUAUAUGGGUUACAUGGUUAUCACCACUGGGCUAUUAGAGCAACAAUCGUCUCGGGCGGUAGUUUAUGUUCUAUGUUUACAUUCGUAGGAGUUCGCCAAUAUUAUAAUUAUGAGUUAUUCGAAGUACGUAUAUCGCUUAAAUAUAUUCGAACGAAUGAUAUACUUUAUACAGAAUUAUAUACUGAAACAUUGAACGAUAGAUACAUCUACCAUCGCUUUAUUAUUUCUUAUGCAUUAAUUACACAGUCGUCGUAUUAAAUAUAUAGUAAGUACAGCAGAGAAUUAUUUGUUCGGUAAUAGUUGUCGGUUGAGCUAUUCCGAAGAUUAUAUCGUAAAUAUCGUUUGGCUUCGAAUAUAUUUUAUGAUCAAGGGACAGCUUCUUGUUAUUGGUAUUUGGCGGAGGGUAACGAUGAGUCAAUGAGUCGUAAACUCCUAGGCAAGUUCAGGGAGAGGACAAGGGGUAGCUGCAUAAUUCAAAAGCGUUAAUAGUUCCCGUUUUCCAUUUGCUUGAAAGAACGAUUCAUUGUCGGUAGAUAUAAAGACGAUAUUAUUCGUUAUUUAUUAGGAACGUACAUUAAUACAAGUUGUGCUUAUAGAAUUAAGUUGUAGAAAAUAACGGCAGUAAUUGAUCAAUGCGAGUAUCGAAAAUUGAAUUUUAAUUUCCGAUGCUCUCGGAUUCGUUAAUUAUUUAAAUCUUUUAACAAUGAAUUUUAAUAUAAAAUAAACUAGAUCUUUAUCCUUUUCUAUCGCUUAAGAUAUUUUUAUUGCUUUUUAUUUCAACCGUAUUAUUAUUUUCAACGUGUAUUAUUUCAAUUUUCAGCGUGUAUCUUAAUUAUUCGCGUAUAAUUAAUAUUAUGAAAUCGAUUCGUUCGGUUUCUUUUAUAUCGUUUCAAAACGGGUAACUCAAGCUCUUCGAAUUUCUCAAAGCUAUCCCUUAUUAAACGUUCGACAAUUGGCCAUUCACCUUUCGCAUUUUAUCUUGCUUCGCUUGAAAUCGAUUAUAAUAGGAAACUAAUUAUACUAUUUAACCGCGCUAGUAUAUAUUAUGUAUGCACGAGAAUUAAAGAUAUUCAAGAAAUUA